GACUACAGCCAGACAAGAGGCUUCAGGAUCACCAAGCACUCGCAGCUGGUGUAGCUGUGCUGGCAUCGAAGUCGAGAUUCAAGGGCAUGAUUCUGGCUGACCCGCCUGGCCUUGGGAAAACAUUGACGGCACUGGCAGUAGCCUCUCUCAGAGGUGGUACAUCAAUCGUCGUUGCUCCCACAUCAUGUGUCAAUCAAUGGAAACAGGAGGUCCAUAGGUUCUUUGGCAACUGCAUGCCCUGUAUCAGUCUACUCACUGAAGAAGCGACACCAGUACAGCUCCACCAAUACCAGAUCGUCAUCACCUCGUACCACUAG